ACAUUCUCUCACUUUCUUACUCUCUUUUUACACGCUAGUGUGUGUGUGUGUAUGUGUGUUUACUUCACCCUUUUACACCCUGACUUCUUUCUUUCUUCUAUCAUCUUCUAAGCCUUUGUCUCUCCUUUUUUUUAUUUUAUUUUAUUUUUAUUUUACAACCAUUAUUUCGUGACCAUCAUCCAGUUUUAUUCACUUUUUUAUUAGUCUAUUUUUUUUUUAUUUUAUUUUAUUUUACCCUUCGUUUUAAUUCUUCUUCUUCUGAAUUCAGUAUCUUUUUAUUAGUUUACAUCAUGAACGGUAGUCCUAUUCCUUCAUCUGUUACUAGUUCUCCAAAACCCAAUGAUAUUAUUACCGUGGAGGGUAAACGCAUUUUAUGUACAGCUGAUAUCAAAGGUUGCAUCUCUCAACUUAACCAAUUAGCACGCGACGCCAAUGCCCAUUGUAUUAUUCAUACUGGUGAUUUUGGUUUUUAUGAACGCUCAAGUUUAGAACGUAUCGAUGACAGAACAUUAAAACACUUGAUCCAAUACAGUACUUUGAUCCCUCCAUAUAUGCGUGGUCGAUUCAAUAAUUCACCUAUUGAUCAAGUCCGACGUACGAUUGAAACCGCUCCUCAACAAGCUUACUUAUCUGAAUUCCCUGAUUUCCUUUCUGGUGAGAAACAAUUGGAUGUACCUGUUUAUACUGUAUGGGGUGUUUGCGAAGAUGUGGCUAUUCUGGAAAAGUUACGAUCUGGUGAAUAUUCAGUGCAUAAUCUUCAUAUCUUGGAUGAAGCUACUACUUAUUUAUUGGAUAUUGGUGGUGUCAAAUUACGUUUAUUUGGUUUGGGAGGUGCCGUUAUUCAACAUAAAUUAUUUGAUAAUGGAGAAGGCACGGAUACUAUUGCUGGUGGAUCUGGAAUGAUGUGGACUACUGCCUUACAAAUUGGUGAAUUGGUGGAAACUGCACAAAAAGUAUAUGAUUCUUCUGAAACAAGAAUCUUGGUUACUCAUGCAAGUCCGGGACGUGAAGGUUUAUUGGCUCAGCUGUCACUUUAUUUAAAGGCUGAUUUCACUAUCUCUGCUGGUCUUCAUUUUCGAUAUGGUAUUGCUUAUAAUGAAUUCGCUUGUCAAUCUCAUCAAGAUCAUUAUAGAGAACGAUUACUUCAAUCUCAACAAAACUUUUUACAACUUUGGGAAACUAUCAAGGAUCAAGUGGAAAGUUAUGUUGAUAAUCAUCAAGCUCUAUUACUUCAAAAUACAUUGGAAGUAGUGAAUCGAUUACCUCCUUCCUUACAUGAUUCUGGUGAUGAAGGAUCUGAACAUAGUCAAAACAAUCGAGAUGAAAUAGCAUUCAAGAAUCUAUGGAAUUUCAAUUUACCCGAUGCCGCUUUAGGAUGGAUUGUACUUGAUGUCAACAAUGGUCAUGUUGGUGCUGAAAUGAAAUCUCAAGGAUUCAACUUUGCUUAUCGUCGUACAAAUUCAUCAUCCAAUAGUCUCAACCAUACCCCUUAUGCUGGUUCUUCUCCUGCUUUAUCUACUGCCACUUUCCCACCAAGACCUUAUGCCUCUUCUGAUAAAUACAAACCUGAUUAUCAACAAGGAAUAUCUCGCAAUAAUAGUAUCAAUAGUGGAAAUGAUAAUAUCAGUAGUAACAAUUCUGAAAUGAAUGAUUCUUCCAGUAAUAAUAAGGAUGAUCAAAAUUCUUAUCGUCAAUCGAAACGACAAAGUAGUAUGCAACGAAGCCCUUAUGCUAUCUUUGUUGGUGGUCUUAAUAAUGGACAAGUAACAGAAAAUGAUAUUCGAGAAUUCUUUGAUCCCAAAUCGGUGACUGAUGUACGAAUCCCUAUUGAUCAAGAAACCAAAUUACACAAAUCACAUUGUUAUGUUGACUUGGUGGAUCCUAUUUCAUUGGAAGCUGCUUUAGCAAAGAAUGGACAAAUCUUGAAAGAUAACAAACUUAUCAUCAAUCGUUCAGCACCACCACAAUAUGGGGAUAAUCGUCGUGGACGUAAUGGAAGAGGUCGUAGUUUUCGACCACCUCCAAAAUAAUCAUGAUUACACUCUUUGAUAUUUUUUUUUUAGUUUCAGUUUUUUUUAUUCCCCCAUCUUUUUUUUUUUUUAUUUUAUUUUUAUAUUUUUAUAUAUUCGUAUAUAUAUAUAUAUUUUACAUAUACACAACUCUUUCUUUAUAUAUCUUCUUUUAUUGUAAAUGCUGUGUC